CUCUCUCGUUAUUGCCUUUUUCUUCUCCCAUCUUUAGAUCUCUCCGGAUCUCGCGGGUUCUUCUCAGCGGUGGAACCAUCGAGAGAGAGAUCCGAUAGAGGGAUCGCCGGAGAGGGAGCGAGCUCGCCGGAUUUCAGGCUACAAAGAUGAACAUCUUCAGGCUCGCCGGGGACAUGACCCAUCUCUUGAGCGUCAUCGUCCUCCUCCUCAAGAUCCACACCAUCAAAUCCUGCGCCGGAAUUUCCUUGAAAACUCAAGAACUUUUUGCUCUUGUUUUUGCUAGUCGGUAUUUGGACAUUGUUACCGACUUCAUAUCACUGUACAAUACUAUUAUGAAAUUGAUUUUCUUGGGUACUUCAUUCUCCAUUGUUUGGUACAUGAGACGCCACAAGAUUGUUCGGAGAUCUUAUGAUAAGGAACAAGAUACCUUCCGCCAUUACUUUCUCAUAUUGCCAUGCUUUGUUUUGGCGCUAUUUAUUAAUGAAAAAUUUACCUUCAAGGAGGUAAUGUGGGCAUUCUCGUUAUACUUGGAGGCUGUUGCGAUACUCCCCCAGUUGGUAUUGUUGCAGAGGACAAGGAAUAUUGACAACUUAACUGGGCAAUAUGUUCUCCUUCUAGGAGCAUAUCGAGCAUUGUACAUCCUAAAUUGGAUAUACCGCUACAUCACGGAGCCUAACUAUGUUCACUGGAUAACUUGGAUUUCUGGAACUGUGCAGACUCUGCUCUAUGCCGACUUCUUUUAUUAUUACUUCAACAGCUGGAAAAAUAAUGUGAAGCUUCAGUUACCAGCUUAAUGUGGACCACAUUUUUUCAUCAACAUUUUGGUACUCUUUCAUGCCAAGACUGGAUUGUUGGAUCUUUUGGCACCCGCAUCUCAUAGUAUCAAGAUCCUCUACUUCUUGAAGGUGUAUUUGUUCCUUUGAGAGGGGAAUAACCAGGAGUUUUUUAUAGAUCCAAUCAUGAGCGCUUAAGAGUUGUGAAUGUUUUAUAUCCAAUUGAGGUCAUUUAAAACUAGUCAAAUGUAGGCCACUUCAUUCAUAAGACAUGGUGAAAGUCAUACUCUCUUGUAUCAAAGUUUAAUGUUUGUUUUAUGAGCUGUGAUAACUGAAAUUUAAAAAUCAACACCGGUGUAGUUGCACCUUUACCC